UUUUUUUGGUUCCGUUCGAGUCUGCAAAAAGUCACUUCACUUUAAAUCGACAAAAAUGGCUGACAUGGAGUUGACGUCACUAACUCAGUUUGCCAACGAUCCGUGGAACCUCACUGGCGAGCGAGCUCAGGCUGCUCUGGGCAAGUACAACCUGUCGCCGUUCCCCAUCCUGCUGGCCUGCAAGGUGCAAGCUCUGGGCGCGUACUCCAAGGCCAACGACGAGUGCAUCUGCUGCAUGUUCGCCAACCCGCUUCUGUGGUUAACCAUCCCAUGCUGCCUCGCGCAGGCGAUGUACUACACUGAGGUUCAACAAGGCGCGGCGAAACACCGAUGGCUGGUCAUCACGACGCAAGAAAUCAUCGUGUUCUCGGAGGCGUGGGAGGCGGUCGACCCACUGUCGAAGGAACGAACCAUUGCAGUGACCACCACCGAAAACAUGGUUCCAUUGCGGAAUGUGUCGGAGAUCAGGAUCACGAGCGUGCUGCUGAGCAAGAAAUCGAUCUGCCCGCAGGCCACCGACGUUCUCAACAUUUUUUCUGCUUACUGCAGCGCCGUGACCUUUCCUGGCCCGAACAACCCGGAGGGCGUUCGUGACUUUAUCAUGGAGGCACGCCGAAAGGCCAUCAUGGAGGGCGACAAGCUGCCGCACCUACCACAAAUGAUGCCUUCAUUGAUGAGUGGUCUCAACAGGACGGCAGUUGCGGACUGCGAGCCGUACACCGAAAGGCCCGUGUCGUCAGAGUAUGCCGGCAAGUACUUGGCGAUCAGCGCCAAGUCGUUGGCAGGCGGGGUUGCUGGGGUGGGCCUAUCCUAUCAGACAACUGCAGCGAUGGAGAAAUCCUUCAACGCAGCAGCCAUGCAGUCGGCAGGCGCAGGUGUUGGUGUCAUGAACACACAACCAGCGCGACUUCAACCAUUUGCCGAGUUGAUGGCAAUGCCUGCGGGUGCAAUGUCGCAGCCGACGUUUGGACUGCCUGGUGCGUUGAACGCGCAGGCCGCGAGCGCGCCCACGAUUCGCGUGGUGGUUGCAGUGAGCAACUCGAGUGAGCUUCGGCUCGCUACCGUGUCGAAAACAUUGUCUGCAGAUGCGUUCAUCGCGGUUCUUGCUGCCCCGCAUGGCCUUGCACCCGGCAGCGUCUCUGGCGUGGUUCUCACUGAUCUGAAUGUUCCUGUUACGUCGGCUGUCGAUUUGCAAAACAAUGACAAGCUGACCCUUGUUGUUUGAAACGAGCUUCUUGGUUGUUGUGCCAGCUAGCUGGUUGAUGAUGCAAGUGCGUUUGUUUUGCAUGCUGUUCAGUUGUUUGUGAGUUUGUGUUGUUGUGCCCGGGUAACUUGAACAAAAUUGUUCAUGACGGUGACAAGAGUUGCCAAUUGAAACUUGCACAAUGAACUUCAAGGCGAACACAACGGCCUGUUUUGCGCUCAAAUAUCGGUCAAUCCGC